AAUGGAAUCGAAACCACGCAACAUCAUCUUCAACACAAAUCCACACCAGAACGGAGGGUUCUCUCCACACCUUGAAACUCCAAAAUCCAUAGAUUACAUUCACAUACGAAUCCACAAGCAAGAAUCAACAGACACCAAAAUUAGGGACGAUAAAGCAAACCAUAACAAUCCCAGCUUCGCACUUGAUGCCAAUCACAACUCUAAAACAACAGAAAAAAAAUUCCUGAGGAAAUUGAAAUGACAAGCUCAAUGCACAACAAAACAAACCCACUAUUAUCGACAGCCUUGCGGCGUACUUGAUCUGGAAAACUCUACCUCAUCCUUCUUCUUUCUUCUUCUUAUUCUUUCUCUUUCUCUGUCUCCUCGCUUCUUCUUCCUUUCUCAAACCCAGAUGUGGGUUUUUCUCAAACCCAGAUGUGGGUUUUUCUCAAACCCAGAUGUGGGUUUUUCUCAAACCCAGAUCUGGGUUUGAGACAAACCCACAUCUGGGUUUCAUCACAUUAGCAAUAAUCCACCGGCAUCAAGCAGCGACCAUCACCAAGACCAUCAUUGACACCGAUCUGAGUGAUCCUUGGUGGAACGCCACUCACGCGACCUCGAACUAGCAUUUCGUCCAAAAUAAUCAAUUUCAAAGACACACCCUUCAAGCUACAAACUCCAAGAAACACCCUUUCGCUCACCCUUCAAGCUACAAACUCCAAAGACACAAUCAAUUUCAUAACUGAAAACCCACAAGCUUUCUAUGCUGCAUCUGCUAAAGGAAGAAAGGGGAGGGGGAAGA